AUGGAACCAUUUCUUAUCGAGGUCCCUAUUGGAAAAGAUGUUAUGGAGACUCUCAUCAACUUAGCUCGUAGUCAACAAGCUGGAAUAACCGUGUUGAGUGGUUUUGGUCUUGUUUCUGAUGUUACACUUCUUGAAUCGAUGCCUUGCACCCCUGCUUUCCGCGUCGAAGGAUUGUUCCAUAUGACAUCCCUCUCCGGAACUUACAUCAAUGCUGACGGCGUUCAUGUUCCUCCUCGGUUCAUGAGAACCAACCCAACAUAUUCCUCUUUCUCCAUUAUCUUCUCCGGCACUCAUGGACAACUGUAUGGUGGAAUUGUUGGAGGAAGUAUUAAGGCUGCUGGUGUUGUUUCGAUUACGGCCAGUCUUUUCAAGAAGCCGUCAUUUCAUAGGAUGGGUGUCGUCAAUGGAAGUGUUCGUGAAAUAACGGAGGACGAUCCAAUAUAUGAUAAGGGUUUUAUCAUGAACUUUGAUCAGGGAUCUUAUGAACGCAUCACUCGUACUAGCUAG